CGGCGGCACCCCUCGUGCGGCGUGAGAGCAGCGCGGGAACCGGUCUGUGCUGGGGGAGCCGCCCCCGGCCGCCCGGCGCCGUCCGUUAGGGCAGGCCCCGCCUUUUCCGGGACUCUCUGGCUGGGCCACCGCCUCCUCCUCCCUCGCUCGCUCUCCCUUUUGUGAGUUAUAGCAACCGUUGCCUUGUGAAUCAAGCGCCAUAGUCACCGUAGUCCUGGCGACUGUUACCCAUCAACAACAACCGCACCUCUCCUGCUCCUCCUCCUCCUCCUGCUGCUGCUCCUCACCCCCUUCCUCAUCGUCACCCACAACAACAACAACAACAGCCACCUCCAGCAGCAACGACAGCGGGAACACCACCACAGCCCGCCUCAGCCCAGAAAUCACAAUGCAGACAUCGGAGACUGGGGCGGAUACAGGUUCAACUGUGACUUUACAGACAUCUGUGGCUGGCCAGGCAGCAGUGCCCACACAGGUAGUUCAGCAAGUACCAGUUCAGCAACAGGUACAGCAAGUGCAGCCUGUGCAACAGGUACAGCAUGUCUACCCAGCCCAGGUUCAGUAUGUGGAGGGAAGUGACACAGUCUACACUAAUGGAGCUAUCCGAUCAACAACUUAUCCUUACACAGAAACCCAGAUGUACAGCCAAAACACUGGGGGAAACUAUUUCGAUACUCAAGGAAGUUCUGCACAGGUGACAACAGUGGUCUCGUCUCAUAGCAUGGUGGGCACUGGAGGGAUUCAAAUGGGUGUCACAGGAGGACAGCUUAUUAGCAGCUCAGGAGGGACCUAUCUGAUUGGCAAUUCAAUGGAAAAUUCUGGUCAUUCAGUGACUCAUACAACACGGGCCUCCCCAGCAACAAUUGAAAUGGCGAUUGAGACACUGCAAAAGUCUGAUGGUCUGUCCACUCACAGAAGCUCUCUUCUCAACAGCCAUCUUCAGUGGCUUUUAGACAACUAUGAAACUGCAGAAGGAGUGAGCCUUCCAAGAAGUACCCUUUACAACCAUUACUUACGACAUUGUCAGGAACACAAAUUGGAUCCGGUAAAUGCUGCCUCCUUUGGAAAACUCAUACGAUCAAUCUUCAUGGGAUUACGGACCAGAAGACUUGGAACUAGGGGGAACUCCAAAUAUCAUUAUUAUGGGAUUCGCGUCAAGCCAGACUCUCCUCUUAAUCGACUACAAGAGGACAUGCAAUAUAUGGCUAUGAGACAACAGCCGAUGCAGCAGAAGCAGAGGUAUAAGCCUAUGCAGAAAGUGGAUGGAGUUGCAGAUGGCUUCACAGGAAGUGGUCAACAGACAGGCACAUCUGUUGAACAAACUGUAAUUGCCCAAAGUCAACAUCAUCAACAGUUUUUAGAUGCAUCUCGAGUACUUCCAGAAUUUGGAGAAAUUGAAAUAUCUUCUCUCCCAGAUGGUACUACCUUUGAGGACAUCAAAUCACUGCAGAGUCUUUAUCGAGAGCACUGUGAGGCAAUACUGGAUGUGGUUGUGAAUCUUCAGUUCAGCCUAAUAGAAAAAUUGUGGCAAACUUUCUGGCGCUAUUCUCCCUCUGCUCCACCUGAUGGCACUAUUACUGAAACAAGCAAUCUGAGUGAAAUAGAAAGUCGACUUCCAAAAACAAAGUUGAUUACUCUGUGCAAGAAUGAAUCUAUUCUGAAGUGGAUGUGUAACUGUGACCAUGUCAUGUACCAGGCUUUGGUGGAGAUACUCAUUCCUGAUGUCCUUAGACCUAUUCCUAGUGCCUUGACCCAAGCCAUUCGCAAUUUUGCAAAAAGCCUUGAAGGUUGGCUUUCAAAUGCCAUGAACAAUAUUCCACAGAGGAUGAUACAAACCAAGGUUGCCGCUGUAAGUGCCUUUGCCCAGACUCUGCGAAGAUACACAUCUCUUAAUCACCUGGCUCAAGCAGCCCGUGCUGUGCUUCAAAAUACUUCUCAAAUCAACCAGAUGCUCAAUGAUCUUAACCGUGUUGAUUUUGCCAAUGUUCAGGAGCAGGCUUCCUGGGUAUGCCAGUGUGAUGACAACAUGGUUCAGAGACUAGAAACAGAUUUCAAGAUGACUCUUCAACAGCAGAGCACUCUGGAGCAGUGGGCUGCCUGGCUUGAUAAUGUAAUGAUGCAAGCGUUGAAACCAUAUGAAGGAAGACCCAGCUUUCCUAAAGCAGCACGGCAGUUUCUGUUGAAAUGGUCUUUCUACAGCUCAAUGGUGAUUCGAGAUUUAACCUUGCGCAGCGCUGCUAGCUUUGGCUCUUUUCAUCUGAUCCGCUUGCUUUACGAUGAAUACAUGUUUUACUUAGUAGAACAUCGUGUUGCUCAGGCAACCGGAGAGACACCUAUUGCAGUUAUGGGAGAGUUUGGUGAUAUAAAUGCUGUGUCCCCUGGAAAUAUGGAUAAAGAUGAGGGCAGUGAAGUUGAAAGUGAAAUAGAUGAAGAGCUGGAUGAAAAUGGAGAGCCACAAGCCAAGAGGGAGAAAACAGAGCUAAACCAGGCAUUCCAGGUGGGCUGCAUGCAGCCAGUGCUUGAGAGUGGAGUACAGCAGAACCUCCUGAACCCAAUUCAUAAUGAGCACAUUGUUGCAACUACUCAGACUAUCAGACAAUGCAGUGCUACUGGAAAUACAUAUACUGCAGUCUAAUAUGAAACCUCCCCUUUUCCCACAACGCACCCUUUGGGUUUAAUAUGAAAAAAAUAAAGAUAGUAAGUCCGAAGGACGACUGUUGUCAAAUUUUAGCUGUGCUGAACAUUAUUUUAUUGGAGUUGUUAAAUGGAAUGGGUGUACGUAUUUUGCCAGAUCUGUUAAAAAAAAACAAAAAAGGAAAAAAAAAAUUUUGUAAGCAGAAUCAUUUUACAUUGGCCGCUCAAUAUGAAGAGUUUUCUUCCUAUCAAAUGCAAGGACGAUUUUUGCAAAGCUUAAUGUUAAUGUUUUUGUCCUCUUACAAUAAUUUAAUUUUUUUCAUAGUUUUUAAAAAUAUUUUAAUGUUAAUUAUUAGUUACAAUGGUGAUUUAAAAUAGAUGGGGUUUUAAUUUGAUGCACUUCUGUGAAAUAUCAAAAGAACUGUUUUCUUUGAUUUACACUGGAGGCAUACUUGUUUGACAGCAGAUGUAUCAAAUAUGUUAUGUUAUAAAAGGUGCUUUUCAUUGGACAACGAGAAGACACUAUUUUGAUAAAAUUGUGAGCAUUCACAGGGGGAUUUUUUGUAAUAAUGCUGGAGGGUUGGGGAGAUCUCCUAGUUUCUUUCUGUGAGCAAGAAGCAAGCUUAUAUGACAGAACUGUAACAAUAUUGUAAUGUGUACGUCAUAAACGUACCUAACUAUCUGACCAUCAUGUAAACAAUGCAAGCUUCCUUUAAAAUCAACAGUUCCAAAUAUUUGCAUACCAGUUCCUCUGUUUUGAAGACUAAUGAUUCUAUAUGUAGGGCCACUGAACAGAUGCUUUUGGCUGUUGAGUGGUACUGUAGUUGUUAGAAACUGAAGCUAAAAAAGAAGUGACUUUAUUAUUAUCAAUUUUAAGUGUAUGUGCUACUUAUGCUGAACUGGACAUACAGGAAAACAUUCCAUUUGGAUGACUUUCUUCUAUUCCAGGUCUUUUCCUACUAGUGGUUCAAUCUGCUGCUCUUAGAAAAGAUGAUUUAUAGAAUGCAAGGAAUGUAGCAACCUGCAUCAUUUUCAUUUCAGAAAUAUUACCUUGUUAAAGUGGAUUUAAAUUUUUACAAAAAAUUAGAUAAGGCAGUCUAACUGGCACACCUCACUUGUACUUAUUCCCAAUUGUGUAGAAUUUGAAUAGGUGGCUAGAUGGACCAUUGCCAUUUAAGAAUGUACAUCAGGGAUCAUUGUACCUCGGCUAUUACAUGGUGCCUUAAACAGAACUGAAGCUAAGACUUAGAACUUUUUGUUAUUCUUAACUCUUAAAUUAAUUCAACAACGUAUGCCUGUCAUUUUCAAAUUGUCGAAGAAGGACAGGUUACAUAGCCUUCAAAAGAAUAAAAGGACUUUUUUUAUUAUUAAAUGAUUUUAAUAUCCCUCUUAGAAUGACAAUAAACCUAUUUUUUCUCAUUUCUAGCUGGAUUUCACUUUAUUACAAAUUUGCUUGGGAAUUUGGAAAGCAAAACUAGCUUUAAUACCAACAUAAAAUGUCAAAGUAGAUUGACCAUAGUCCCAAGCAUGAUUAUAUAUUUUCUAAACCCUUGCCUACUUUUAAUUUUAAAAACUAAAAAUAAAAAAUGAGCAGGUACAUAAUGCAGUGCACGUUUUCAAUUUCUGUAUUUUGUGGGGUAUCAGCAAGAUACUACAUUUUAAUGGUUAAAUAAUGACAGAUCAUAGAGACCAUAUUAAUUGACAUUAAAAACUCAAAUUUUUCUUCUUAAACACUUCAUUAUGCAGACACAUGAAUUUGCUACACUAAAAUAGUGGAAUUAAAUAAACAAAAAAGCCAAAAAGCGAAGGAGAGCACAAAAAGAUCAACUUUGCAGAAAAGACUGUGUAAGAAAAUUAGGGGUUCUUUUAUUUUGUUUAUCUACUGUGUCUGAAAAUGACUUUAAAGUCAUAUAUACCAAAUGGGAGAAGAGCUUGUAAAAUGAACAGCAUAUUUAUAGCAAACAAGUUUGUUGCUAGAGUUUAUAUAUUCUCCAAAUACAGCUGCACAUCAGCUGCAAUGUCCUAAAAUUAUUGGUGUACAAAAUUAAAUUUUAAUGCCUUUGCAGAACUGGGAGAUGAACCCAUCCUGCUCAUUCUAUGUAGGCAUAAUCCUUACUAAUGUCGGUACGUGGCUUCUGCCUCAAUAAGAAGUGAGGUUUAUAUUCAUUAUUUCUAAACUCAUAAAUGCACUGAAUAUCAUUAUAGAUUUUGUUGUCACAUAUAUUGAUCAGUGUGUCCUGAUUUUUCCUUGGAAAUCAGCACAUCUGUACCCUUCACCAAAAAUGCUAAAACUAAGCUGUGAUAAAUAUUUACUCCCCUUCAUUGUGCAUUAUAAGAUGUUUACAAGUAAAAUAAAGUGAAGUAAUUCAACAUUUUUUUAAUUUUCAGCAUUUUUAGUACUGUAGUACUUGUUUCAGUUUUUGUGUUGAUUGACCUGUAAUGUUUUCUUAUUAUUGUCCUUUUUUGGUUUAAUGUUGGAUUUGCUGUUGCUGAAAAAAGAGUACAAUUUUAAUAGGUAAAUCUAGAUUGGUACAAAAGGUGGGACCUGACUAUCUUUCAUUGUUUAGCUCCCCACUCCACUCAGUUGUUCACUGUUCACAAAGUGCAAAACAAAACUGAACAAAAAUCUGAUACAAAAAUUAAAUGUAUCUCAUAGCUUCUAAAAAACAAUGAGUUAUCAAAACAAAUUGGAACUAUCCUGGGUUCAGAAAACUGAAUGGAGUCUGUAGUUCUGUGCUUAAAUUCUAAACAUUUUACCAGAUUUUUUUUUAGAAAUAUUAUGUUACUGUAAACUGCAUUGUAUACUUACAGGUUUGGGGGUCUUCUGCUUUGGUUUUACAUUUAGUAAAAUUUUAGUCAAACACUUAGAUAAAACAUUUUGCACAUUCUUGCUAUUAAAUAGUUGGGGUUUAGUAAUCAUUACACUGCAUAGAUACAAAUACCUCAGUCCAUAUUCUGUAAUGUAUAGCAUGCGGUUGCAUUGCCACACCAGCUCUGAAGUCUUUUGUUAGUGCUCUGGAGAGGUGUAGCAUGUAUCCACAGGAUAGACAUUAUGAGAGUUGACAUGGUUUAUGUGUUUUAUCUAAUACUGACAUAGGAUCCAAAAUAAUUAUUUUAUAGGCAUUUCCCCCAUUAGCACAAAUAGCGCAGUGAACAUUGUGGGGGAAUGGGUAAUGUUGAACUACCUUUUCAAAAGGGCCCAGUUUUCAAAAGUUUUGUAUUUAUUAAAAUGCAUUGGUACAUUUUCAUCUUUCUCAUGAUAAAUCAGAUUGAAAGGGUUUUUUUUCUGUUUUCAGUUGCCGUUUCUGUGUUUUGCUCUUGUACUGUAGCAUGUUCUAAGCACCUUCUUUAAAAAAAAAUCCAUAAAAAUUGGAAAAUAGAUUUUAAAUUAUUUACCUAUAGAACGAUGAUUUACAGUAUUACUGCCUUUAGUUCAAAAAUAAGAAAAUAGAUAAUGUUUUGUCAUUCAGGAAUAUAUAGGUCUAUAUACAAAUUUAAUUUAAAGCGAGGUAUUUUAAAAUAUCUAAAAAACUUCUUUGUUCACUUUGUUUUCCCUUGGAGAAAUGAUCUCAUGUCUUUGUCAAUCUCACCAAUUGACACCUGCACUGUUUAAAAAAAAAAUUGUACUAGAGAUGCGCUGCAGUCCAGUUUAAUUCAGAAUGUUUUUACAAAACAAAACCAACCACUGAUGGCCAUAAAAGUGCUGACAAAAAUAGACUUAUUAGUAAUAUGAAGAUACAACAGUAAUUUCAGAGUUUAAAGCAUUCAUUCAAGAGAGCAGUAUGAACUUCUGAAAAUUGGGCCCUUGUCUCUCUAACAGGACAUCUUCUUUGUAUAUGGUUUAAAACAAAUCAAUAAAUGGAAUUCUAGUAUCUCUGCUAAUUGUUUGUUGAUUUAAGACAAACAAACAAUAAAAACUGGAAUAGAAGCAUAAACACAGUGCUUAGUUCUAGUAGUAGGAAGUUAAUUUGAUGUAAUGCCUUGCAUUAACCCUUUGAGCAUUGUAAGGAACAUGAUGGGAACAAAGCUUUUUAGAUAAUUAAAUUAGUCCACUGAGCAUAUACUUUGAAAUAGCUAAAAUAGCUAGUAUAGUUGUUUUUUUUAAAUUAUGUUUAAAGUAAAUACUUGUAUACUAUAUGGGGAUGUUUUUGUUAUAGGAGGCUCAGUAGAUGUAGGCAAAAUAUUCACUGCCAUUGAGGUGUACUGUCAUAUGGAAAACAGUACUUCAGCUCUCUUUUUUUCGUUAUUGCAUAAAUAUAUAAAGAAAAUAAAACUUAUGUUUCUACAGAUAAGAAGUUGUCUACUUUAAGAUGCCUUUAGGAGAUAAAGGUUUAGAAAAUAUAUUCAGAAAAUCUCCUGGCAUAGGUUAGUUUUGGAAUACUCUGGUACUGUAAAAGAGAAUCUUUAGAAAUAAAAGAAGGCUUAGUGAAGAAGAAUAAUUUUGCAGAAUAUUUGGUAUGUUUGCAUUGAAAUUUUUGGCAGUGAUUGAUAAACUAGAACAAGAAAUGCACAAUUACAUUGAUAUCCCUUCUAAAACUCACUGCAGUAAUGGCUAGCUAAAAGAUGAAGGUAUUUUAUUCAUUUUCAUCUAUAGGGGUACAGUUUGGACGGCCCCUACUGAAUGUCAGAAUUUUAAAAGCAACCUAGAAAAUGCACAAGCCUUUUGCCAUUUAAAAGAA